ACCGGAACCGGAUUAUGAAAUUUUGUAAACAAAUUCAAAAAUCGGGCUCCCUGCAGUUUCUUUGAAUGCCAAAUACUUUGAUCUACUUUUACCCACUGACGAAUGUAUUGUCUUUCCAGUAUGCUGAACUGAACUAUUGAAGAAAUCUGUGAAUGAUCCACAACUAUUAGUAAGGCAGUAUUAUAGUGAUCGUGAUACAGCUACGUUCUUUGUUGACCUAUACAAGCAACGGUGAAGAAAGGUGGCAUGUCAAGCUAAGUCUAAUGCCAGCAGCCGAAACCUUUUAAUUCAUGAAUUUUAUUCAUGUUGGACUCCAUGAAUGGAUUUUCAACCAGGGACAUUUUUGGAUGAUUCAGGUAUAUUACCAGUAUCUAAUGCAGAAGAUAUUAUCCACAGCACACCAGUCAAGUCCACUAUUCCUCCAUUUUCCACCAAAAAGAAAGCACACACCAAGAAAACUAUUAGUGUUCCACCCCAGACUGGAGGUUUCAACACAUCACAACAAAGACAAUAUCAUCACUCCAAGAACCGCCCACAUGAAAGAAGCAACACCAGUCGAGUGACACCCUUAGGUCACACCCCUCCUCCUAGUGAAAUGCCACAACAGCAGUUCCCUCCCUUUGACACAGGUGUCUCACUAAAACCUACAGAAGGCUCAUAUAGUGACAAAUUUAAAAAUUUUCGGAAUGUGGAAAUUCCAUUUGCUGAUAAUACAGGAAUGUCAACUGCUCCUAUUGGGCUGAGAACUGGGUUUUUACCGUCAUCCAGUUUUGGUCAGUCUGUGAGUGGACAGUACUCUAGCGGUAAUACUGGUAUGGUCAGAUCAGCGCCAAUAGCAGUAACCAGCCCAGCUACAGGUCAGGAAAAAUACUCAUUGAGAUCUCAGAAUGCCUCUGAUCUGGAGGGCACGACCAUGAAGAGACAAAGACAGGAAAUUCAGUUGUUGGUGGCGGAGCUACAAGAUCGAGACAGAGAACUUAAUGACAUGAUGGCCGCACAUCAACAACAGUUACUGUCCUGGGAACAAGACAGACAAAGGAUUCUGCUGCUGGAACAGAAGUGUGCUAGAUAUGAUGGUGAGUUAAGUGAGAGGAGCAAACAGCUAAGGGGUGCUUUGUCACGACUCAAGUCACUAAAGAAUGAGAGUCACAACCACAACUCGACACUCGAGUCUACAGUAGAACAGCUAGCCAAACUGAGCUCAGAGAACAGCAAUCACACCACUGUCAUACAGGAACUCGAGGAGAAGAAUCAGUCACUAAGUCUGUCUAAGAGAGAGCUGUCAAAUACUAUUGGUCAACUCCAGGCCAGAGAACAUGAAAUGGUCACUCUGGUCAAGCUUAAGGAACAAGACUUGACAACUGCGACUACUCAUAUACAAGAGCUGACUGACCGGUUAAAACAGCUGGACAUUCGUACAAAAGAAUGUCAGAACCGAGAAGUAGAAGCUAUCAAACAGGCCAAUCAAUGGAAGCAAAAGCAUAGUGAUCUUAAACAGGAAUUGGAACUCUCCACUGAGUUGGUGACGAAGAGAGACUCCGAGCUACACGAGAUGACGGGGAAGCUGGACCAGAUGAAACAGCUGCAGAUCGUCAUGCAGGAUGACUUUAAUGAACGUGAGAAAUGUAAGGACCAAGUGAUUGAGUCUCUUAGAGCCAAACAAGCCAGAACGGACCAUCAACUACGACAUAUCAGAGAGUUGUAUGAACGCCAGCAGAGGGAGCUGAAUUUGCUGCAGUUAAACUUAGAUACAACGAAGGAGAUCAUCACCAAACAGCAGGGCAGUUUGGAGGAAUACAAUUCCUCCAAGGGAAGCGGCAGCUAUGGUAGCAAGUCUCAUAGUAGCCUUUCUCCUCCUCCGACUAACAACAAUUCACCGCUAUAUCAUAACUCUGAAACACAAAAUCAGACUCGCUCACCGAAAUCAUUCUCUCAAAAAAAGGAACUUGCUGAAAAACAGGACAAUUCUCUCCGUCAGAGUGUUAAUUUCUCGCGGACACCAGCAUCAUCAUCGUCUUCGCAGCGUCAGAGUGGUAAUUCUUCUCAUAUGUCAGACAGACGUGAGCGCCACCAUCGUAUUCGACGCCAGUCACCUGACCUGGUUCCAGCGAGCCCACUCGAAGCUAGAAACUUUCACCAGAGCUUACCUGUGGAGUUGAUGGAUUCUGAAACUCAUCAUAGGCAGCAGAAAUCCCAUUCUCCAAAAAGUAAAAGACAGAUUUUUCAUAAACUUUUACCUGUUGUACAAGCUCAGCAUGAGUCUGACAAUAGAAUUCAAAAUGAACCGGUUGAACGUGUGCCUCAUAGUACUGCUAUUCAAAUUGAGCAAGAACACGACCAGACUGCAGAGUUUGAAAAUCUUUCAGAGCAGAACCAGGAUAGUGAUGGCCAGUUCAGGACUCCUCCGCUGUGUAAAACUGAUAAACAGGGUUCUCGUAAAAGUUCCCUGGAGGGACAUAACACGAGACCUUCAGAAGACAAUGGUUGGAAAAACAAUCCUGCUUCACCAAAAUCUGCCCAAUGGCCAGGCCCAAGGGAGGCAAUUCAGAGUGGCUCGCCAAGUUCUGCAAGACAUCGUACACUCAGUUCCAGUGAAGAGGAAGAUAGACAAAGACAUAUUCAGGAGGAUCAAAUAGGAAAAGAUUCACCGAGAUACUCAAGUAGAAAAUGGCCAGAUGCAGGGGAGUUGAUUCGUUCGCAUUCCCCGUGUGAGAAUAGGUCUGUGUCAUUUGAGGAUAGACUUUCAUCUUUCUUAGAUGAUGAACAUGAGUUUGAAGACAAUUCGUCAAACCGAAGACAUCUUGCCAACUCUGAUUCUGAUGCCUCUCCAGGAAGGAAGCUACAACGACUUCUGAUGGAAUCAAAGAAAAUGAUAGAAAACUUGGAGAAAUCUACCAACCCUUCAUCUUCAUUAACAGAGGAUCCACCUGGAGCAGGAGGGAGCCAGUGAAGUCAGUGCUACAGUUUACAGUGGGUUUUUUUUCUGGAUUGAAACAUUUCAGAACCUUAUCAUACUUAUACAAAUACUUGCUCUGGUAAAGAUGAUCGAUUUAGCUAGAGCUAUCACAUUUUAAACUUUUGAAUGACAUUUUUGCAUCUAAAAGUAUUUUAGGUAUUAAAUCCUAAGUUGCAACUUCACUUUUUAGCAAAAACAUUUUAAUUUUUUGAAUCAGCAAUUAUCAUUUAGUCAAAAACUGCUCAGGAAUGUCUUCUUUGAAAUGUCAUAUAUAUAAUAUGUACCAGCAAUUUAAUUUAAAAAUCAACCUUCUUAGACGAAAACAAAUCUUAAAUGUGCAGAACUGUUGAUUUUAACAACAAAUUUUUUUUCAGUAUGCAUGGUUAUUUUUUUACACAGGGUUGUCCAUCUAUGUUUUUAACAUAUGUUUAAUUAAGAUGUCUCAUAAUCUUCGAAUCAAUAUCUCAAAUUACACAUAUCACAAUUUUUCCCACUACAAGUUACCGGUGCAAAACACAGUUGUCUCCCCUUUGAUAUAUUGCGAUGCUUCAUUUUUUAGUCCCCUAGCUACCAGGGACAGUAUUUUCCACUUUGUCCGUCCUGUGCGUACAUAUAUGUGUACGUAUGUGUAUGUAUGUGAAUGUAUGAAUGUAACACCAAAAAUUGUCCUCGCUACAUAUAUACCUUGAGGGAUUCUUAUCAAACUUCACACUUAAAAUAGACCAUUACAUCUCAAACAAGAUCGAGUUUCAAGGUUGUUGGUCAAGGUCAAGGUCAUCAUUACUAUUUUUAGAAAAUCAUUGUCAGUGCUCCAGGGGCUUCAUUCCUUGAGGGAUUUGGAUCAGACUUCACACAUUUGACCAUAGUAGCUAGCAGGGGCCAGUAGGCGACGUAUAUAUUGUUUUAGCAAUACUCAGUAUGCUUGUUUGGAUAAUAUCUGAUGACUUUAUAGUAUUUGUCUAAGACUAUUAUUGAAGAUGGAUUAGCAGUAUUAUGUAUACCUAGUCAAUAGUUUUGAAUAUUUCAAAUGCCAAACCAAUCUUCAAUUUUAGGUAGAUAUUCUACAAAGUAUUUAUGAGAAAAACAAAUUAGGGUUCUUUUAGCUACAAAUGUACUGGUAUAUUUCCUGUCAGAUCUUACAUACUUGUACAUACAUGUUAUUGAGCAGAUUAUUCAAUAUCCAAACACAUUUUUUGUCUUUUUUUUUCUGUAAUUUAUAUCAAUUUACUCAAAAUAUUUAAACAUAAGGAUGACUGUCAAACCUGGAGAAAUUGGAGCUAGAAUUAACGAUUUGAUCAGAAAGAUAAGGAAAUCAUUGUAAAAUAUCGGCUGUAAUCAUUUGUUGUUAAUCCUUAGUAAGAUAAAAUGUUGUUAAAUUUCAUGCAGCUGAUAUUUUGUGGUUUUCUCAUUCGGACCAAGUUCAUGCGGGUAUAACAUUCUGCGGUAAAUGGUUCUAUGUAAUAAUCGCUGGAUAUUCAUUUUUAACAUUACAUAGUUAAUGACCACAAAUAUAGUAAAUUUAUCCUCUACGAACAGCUCUACAGUAUCGUAUGCAUUUCUACCUGGAUCACAGAUAUCCAAGAUACAUUAUAUAAAAAUAGAAUGACAUUAGACUUUUUUUUUGUAAUCUUCAAAAAGACAUUAUCACUGUUGUGAUUGGUCAAUAAUUAUUAUAAGGGCUAUUCCACAAUUAUCUGUUUAGGAGGGGUGGGAAGCACUUGUGUCAAAAUUUGAUGGUUGGUGGGAGUAAAUCGCCAUUUCUCUAUCUAGUAUUCCUUUCAUUAAAUAUGUUUUAUUUGAUGGGAAGUGGGGUUCUCUGUAAAAAUGCCACCUACCCCUCCUACACAGAUGAUUUUAGAAUAACCCAAGUCUCCACAGAUGAUUUUGGAACAGCCCUUAGUCUAAAACCAAUAACAUGGUUGAUUCAAUGAAUAUGAACCUGCAGUUUUCUCAUCCUAUACUGAUAUGGUGCAGACAAGUAUAUCAAAAUCAUUGGGACCUGGCACAAAUUUCCAGCCUUUGGUCAAUAUUUAUGUAUUAUAUAAAGAUACAUUUAAUACAUAUUUAUAUAUAUAUACCUGGAUAAAUGGUUGAAAAAUCGUGCCAAGUCCCUGUGAUUAAUUCAGAGAAAACAACCCUUAAUUUUGAAUAUGAUUUUAUGAAAAAUUAUCAGCAUUUACAGUUUUAAACUGUAUUCUAAGGUCAGGUAUGUGAUUUACCCGAUAAACACAAAACUGUUGUUAUUUAUUUCUUUAAUAAAUCAUCUACCAGAGCUGAAGUGUAUAUUUUCUCCGUAACAGUAUUCCCAAUACGGAAGCAGUUACAGUAUAAAAUUGUUGAUUUUGAGAUUAUUUGGGUAAAAAUAUACAUUAUUUAAAAAAAAAAAAAUAUUUAUUUAUUUUUUUUAAAUAAUGAUUACAUGCUGGGUUAAGAUUUAUAAAUUGAUGAAAAUGUAUCUAGUUAUAAAUACUUAUUGCUAAAAGACAUCUUCCCCGUGAGUGUGUGUUUGAAUACAUUUUAUAGACAAGUUUUAUGUUAUUGUUGAUAUAUAUCAGAUACAAAUAUUUAUUUACCAUUAUUUUAAUAAA